AUGGUACGAUUCAUUUCUAUUCAUUCUUGGCUAACUUCAGGCAGCAUGAUUUCCUUGAUUGCGUUGUUGAUGAUUCUUCCAUUGAUGAGCAACUCACUGAAAUGUUAUGAAGGCAUACAUGGCAGAGAACUGGAAAUAGUGGAAAAGGAAGGAAUCAAGAAAUUCAUGUGUCAGUUUGACAUAAUGAACCCGUGCAUAGUUGAUGCGUACUUUCAGUACGGUAUCCACGAAUAUAAUAGCAAAUACCGAUCGCAAUGUAUAGUACAUCCAAGGAUCUCUUGUUUUUGCACGAAAGACCUAUGCAACAGAAAUUACGCAUUGUUGUUGGAAAAGUGGCUUUCUACCCAUGUAGAGAAUGGAACGCUGCACGAAUGUGUGAAGAAGCAAUUAUCAGAAAUGAUCUUCGAUGAGGCUAGAGCUGCUGAUGGCGUCGCAAAUGACCAGAGAAUCAAUGGCAUCGGAUACAAAAUGCACAAAAGAGUGCGCAGAGAUGAUGAAGAGAAUCAAGUGCCUGAAGAAGAUCAAACUCAAGAUCCCAACUUGGGAGUUGGUUCGGAUGGAACAAAUGCCAGCGACAGUAGUUCUCUCAAUCCAGGAAGCGGCCAGCCGAGCACUACUGUCGAUUACGAGGGCGAAUUUGGUUUGAAGACAAAACCUUCAGAAAGCUCGGCAGGAGGCUCGACAGAGAGUUCGACAAUACAACCGACUACAACAGGCUCAGAAGGAAAGACACCGACGACGUUGGCAGAAGUAAUUGAACAAGUCGCGGGAUCAGGAGAAUCAUUUUCAACAAGCAAGCAGAGUCCUGGAAAUACACCGGCACAGGAGUCUGCAACGGAGUCUACAUUGAAGUCUACACCGGAGUCUAAAGAAGCGCAAACAACGCAAACGAAGACAGGGUCAACACAGGUCGAUGAAAGUGUACCAGUGGAAUCGCAUUCAACUACGGAGAUUCCUUCAAGUAUAGUUGAUAGUUCAGAAAAAAUAACGAACGCGGGGAGCGGUGAAUCAACAUCCUCAGAGCCACCAACUAAGCAUAGCCAAUCAGAAGCGUCUGAGACAACUCCAUCUGGUAGCCAAACAGGAAGUGGAUCAGAUGAAGCACACGGAGCCCUUUCUGACAAACAAGAUCGGUCUACGGACUCUGAUAAUUACGAUUGGCGUCUCUUCACCAUUCUAGCUAUUAUCGCUGCAGUGCUGAUCUUUGCGGUCAUUCCUGUUUUACUCCUGAUGAUUGUAGCAAAAUCUGCGAAUGCAAAGAAACGCAGUAUGGGCGGAGAUGAUGCUCCGAGUCAGCCAUCCUUAACUUCAUGUAAAAUGAAUUCUAUUAUCUUCAUGCUGACAACGCUCAGUACUUUUGCCAACCAAGUCUCACCAGCAACAGGGUUGCUCAAAUGUUACAAAGGACUCUUUGGGUACAAACUCGAAAUUGUGGAGGUAGAUUCAAAGAAAUAUAUGUGUAGUUAUGAACCAAGAGAUAUCUGUAGAACAUACAAAGAAUCGAGGUACGAUACAACAACUUAUGACACUUCAUUCGCAAACCAAUGUCGAGUAAUUGAAGGAUCACCUUACUGUUACUGCACAACGAAUUUAUGCAAUGGAAAUUAUAAGCUGCUGAAGAGUUUAUGGCAAAAAAGCGAUAUCAAGAGCAAGAGAGUUCGCAGAUGUGUGCACACAUAUUUAAUCAUGAUGAUAAAUGCUUUUCACAAUGCCACUCAUUACCAAGCAAAUAUUGAGCAAAUGACGACUAUCGCAUUCGAAGCUGACGAUUAUGAAGAAGAAUCUACGCUACUAUGGGAUGAUGCAUCUGCGGAAAGUCUUGAGGUGACUUCGUCUACAUCUUCGGAAAACUUGGUAAAGGUCGAGAACAAAAAUGCAGGUGACGUGGAGUUGGCGAAGGCUUCGAAGUUUGAGUAUGACGACGAGUUGACUAGAUAUAAUUGGAGCUUCUUCAUAUUUUUGGCUCUCUUCGCUGGCGUACUUAUUCUCAUAAUAAUCCCGACAUUACUUAUUCUGAUUAUGGUAAAGUAUAAAUGCGCAAACAAGAAAUCCAUGGAUGAUGGGUCCGAUGAUGAUUUGUAGUAAACAUUAGAAAUUUUAGAUAGUUUUACAAGAGUGAAAGAGC